AAAUUCACGUUAAAUAAUAAUUGUUGUAUAAUUUAAAACUUCGUGAAGAGAUAAUUAUUUUGCCAAAAGAUAAAUAAAUUUCUUCAGAUUCGCUUCGCAAGAAUUAGGAUUGUGGCGUUCCUAUGAAAUCAACAGGUGUGUUGACUUUUCCGUCAUAUUUGUACGCAAUGGAGUUUGAUAGUUGUGUGUGAAUAUUGUGUUUUCAUAAACAAAUCGAUUUACAUAGUUUAUUUAAAGCAUUUUCGUAGAAUGAAACUGUAAAGAAAUUAAUCGAUAAAUCGAUGGCAGUGAAAAGAGCAUUUGAGAAUGGCAGAGGUCAUGCAAAGAUAAGAACGCCAUUGACUACUGAUUUAAAUUGUUACACAAACCUUUAAAGGUGAAGCAUAAUUUUUAAUUGGCCCCAAUCCACAUUUAUUAUCGGUUCUAAUGGUGCUCAGGCAAAGGGAGAGUAUCAUGACCGAACAACCACUAAAGAAGAAACCAAAACGCGAAGAUAGUGCCGGAGACUCAGAUGAGCCCGAUUUUAUUCAAAAUCUUGUAGAGAAUGGGGUGCCCACCGAUCUUCAAGCCCUUCAUCUUUCAAUGCCGGCUCAUGUGAACGAGCAAGACAUCACAUUGAAUGCUGUAAACUUGGAAUACAGUAAGUGCGGUAGUUAUAGGACUAGUGACGGUGAUCAGCAAAAAAGUGUCAGUGAAGAGAAUCAGUACAUUACAAAUGGCGAUAAUAUCACCAUUCAGCCUGCGCCUAAUAUAGUGCCGGAAAAUUCCCCAGUAAUAGAAUAUGCCAAUGUGAUUAAUACGGACUUGGAACAGGUUCAGGACUCUAGUUUGGAUGUAUUUCAGCAGCAUUUAAUAACCCAGUGCUUGUGUGGCACCCCUGUGGAUGUGCUGAAUAGACCUUUCCGAGAGAUAAACGAGUUGGCAGGCGCUUUAAGCACUACACUGUCAGAGUGGCCUGCUAAGAAAAUUAUCCAGUUUCUGUCCAGUCUGCAGCUUCUUUUUGGGAUUUAUUUGAAGCAAAAUAACAAAGGGUUUAUAUGUUCAAAAAUUGUAGAUCUGUGCAAUCCCAUAAUUCACAACGAAGACAACCUUAUCGAACAAAUUAUCUCAUUAUGCGAGACUAGAAAUAGGUUUGUGCAUUUCUUGGCCACUCGUGUUUUGAGCAGUUUUUUAAUCAUAGCCAAAACGAACGUAAACAAUGAAUGGUUAGAGACAAUCACAAAUUACCUCACCUCGGAGAGUGUGGACUACAUGAAGAUGAAUUUUGCAUUGGAAAUAAUUAAGAAUGUGGUUGAAUGGAAGGACGUUGAAAUCCACGUUCUGGAAGAUACGGAAUCUAACGAUAGCUCGAGUUUAUCCACCCGGGAACCCGUCAAUAUUAAUUGCGCCGCACUCCCGUUUAGUGAUCCGGAAAGCUAUGACACUUCAUCAAUAAAAGGCCUGAUCAUUAAAGGCUUGGAGUUGAAGUGGCCCGAAUUGGUUUAUAAAAUUCAAAAUUUGAUUCUGCAUAACGGCUCGGUACAGACUCAAACGUGCAUUCUAACCUUCUUGGCGCUAUGGGAGAGCAUAAUUUCCGUUAAGGCUAAUUUAAGUGUCAUCGAUACCAAGCCCUUUUACGCCCAUUUAGAGACGUUCGUUGGUAUGCUAAACGCCAACUUGCCGCCAAUCAUUUGGAAACAGAUUUUGUCCUUGUUCAAUGAAGUCCUGUGCUACGGGAGCACUCUGGCGUUGCAGGAUUUGUUGCCAGAGGAUACGUGUCAGUUAACGCAUCUUAUCGUCAGAUAUGUCAAAGACUAUCGGCUGCUAGACAGUCUGCCCCACAGAAGGGAUCAAGGGGUUACCGUCAACAGUUUCGUCGGGUCGACGCCCGCCACCGAUAGGUCCCACUCUACCAUAGACAAAUCGUUGCUGCAGAAAAUGAUUCUGCUCGUCCUCAAAUCCGUCGCCAUAACCAUAAAAGAAACGCGAUCGGACAGCUCAGACUCUAGCGUGGGAUCGGACGACUACGACUUUUACCAAGACAUGCAGCUCAUCGAAAGAUCGAUCAGAGACGUGCUGAAGAAAGUAGACGCGUUUAUAAAGAACAGUUUAGACUUCCAUCCUGAAACGCCCUUUUCCAAGGUAAUGGUGCACUUGUUUAGCGAUCAGGACGACUAUAUGAUCGAAUCGAUGGUUUGCACGCUCGAUAUAACCGUGGGUAUUUCGUAUAGGAACGCCGUGUUCCCUGACUUACUGAAUAUGCUAAAUCCUACUCACUCAUUUAUCGAGCUCUUGAAAAUUGUCAGUCACGACUCGGACGUCCUCUUGGAUUACCUGGUGAGCAACGAGACAUGCUUCCUAUUGUAUCUGUUGAGGUUCUUAAAGUAUACGCGUAAGAAUUGGGCAAAAUUCGUUAACAGUUGCGGGGAAGGUAGUACCUCCCGAAGUAACGAACUGGACGAUACCAUGACGGUGCUGAUAAGGUUGAAAAUGCAAAUAAACAGAUUAGUGGCGAGAGAACUGUUUCCCUACAAUAUUAGCCCGGUUUUGAGGUUACUAGAGGUAUGCGAGAAUUUAUACGAAGGGAAUGAGUACAGCUGAUACCUCAAUAUACCUCAAUGUCCAAAAAGUAAACAGAAGUAUUAAACAGUACUGCCAUUUCGAUUCGAAUAUCAGGAAAGUGCCAUAAAGGUUGAAACUUGAAAAAAAUUUGGAGGAUUCAUAUUUAUUGGCCCAUUUUUUAAAAGAAGAUACAAUAUAACAUAUGCCUAUACGAUAUAGUUUACCCUUAUAACACUAUUUUAUUUAUUUAAAAAUUAAUAUUUAUUUACCGUUUUGGUUUUGUAAUUUUUAAAAUUUUCGUGACUGAUGUUGAAUAAUUAGUCGGUGGUAAGCAACAGCUUAAACACCUAAAUGUUAGUGUUCACUCUAAGCCUGGUGUGUAGAGAAUUAACGGUCUAGCGUAAUUUAAAUUAUUUUUAAUCUGUACAUAACUAUUAUCUUGUAAAACUGUGUAUAUAUGUACUAAUAUUUUUUUAAU